GGGCUGUUCACUCCUCUCCCAGAGCUAAGACCCCAAAUGCAGUUAAGGGGCAGCAGGUUUAAAGCCACACAAGGAAAUAUUUUUGUGUCUCCGUCAACCUGUGGAACUCCUUGCUUGAGGAUGUUGUAAAGGGGCAGGAAACUGGGCUAGAUGGACUUUUGUUCUGAGCCGGUUUGGCUGCUGUUAGGACACAGCCAUAGGGUCAGGAACUGGGGGUACUGGGACGCUGUUGCACCUUCAGAUCUGAAGUUGUUUCCAUUCUAUACAGGAUUUACAGUUUGGUUCUAUAGCUCUGAAUCCCCACAGUACAAACCAUCCCAGAACCUGUGGGCACUGCCCUUGGGCACUAGCGGGGACAAUGGCCCCCUCUGCCUCCCCCCUCUCUGCACGACUGCUUACUUCUUACAGCAGAAGGAAAUAGACUCUUCUGCCAGGUGUGUGUCACUCUGCCCUUAAAUUGUAGGCAGAUGUCAGUGCAGAGCCUGACUGCAAAUCUCUCUCUGCAGCUGCUGUGUGGCUGUGCAUUUGGUCUGAGGCUGAGAGAAUUCCUAGCUACAAACUUUGAGUUCAGUUUCCUGCUAAACUGGUCUGGCUAUUUCUCCCAGAGUAUAUUUAGCUGUUGAAUAAUCCUGCCACCUCACUACAGACUAAUUGCACCAAAGUUCAUGUUGCUAUGGAGAAACCCAUUGUUUCCUUACACUGCUCUAUUAUACUGCAGAUUUACAGACUUUGCUCUCAGGGUAAAUCUGUGCCGUGGUGUACGUGCAGAAUUCACAUCCCCCGCAGAUUUCUGGGCUUCCCACAGAAAAAUAUCAUGCCUCCCUCUUUGCCAGCAUGAGCACCUGGAUUUAGGUGGGUGGAGACGUAAAUUGCUAGGGGGCUGGACAUGCAGGAGGGAGGGUUGCUGUCCCUCUUGCUUGCUAUUGCAGCCCACCCGUUGUGGAGGGGCAGGCCUUCAAGGUGUGUCUGAGGAGGUAGGCAUGGGGCUCUGUCCCCUCAGCAGAGGAGAACGAAGCAGCCUCCUGUGUAAUGAAUUGUUCCUAUUGUCGUGAAUGAAUUCCCCCAGGAAUAUACGACAGAUGUAACCGUUUCAAGGACAGUAGGUCUUACAAGUGCUUAUGGUGCUUACGUGAUUAAAACUAGUCUACAUUUUUGGACUGAUAGAUCACUAUGUGCUUAGGAACUUGGUAGUUCUGCCCUUCCUGGGGAUGGUCAGUAGCCAGUAGGAAUUGUGAGUUUGAAUUCCCAGCCCUCUGCAGUUGCUUGUGAUGUAACACUGGGCAUGUGGCUGCAUAGACUUGUUCACUAAAAGCUAGAAGUAAAGGGUCGAUACUUUACUAUGUGACCUGGGUUUGGGGAUUUUCCCCAAUGCUUCUCAAUCCCAUUCUCUACCCACUGUAUUGCAGCUUAAAUAAAUUACAAAAAUAAUUGAAACUAGCAUGAUUACAUGCAGAUUGUUGCAGAAUUUUAAAAUAUCUUGCACAGGAUUGUUAAUUUUUUGGUGAAGGAGUUUUUAUUUAUUUUUUUUUUUACACAGAAUUCCCCCAGGAGUAAAACUGAAUUGUAACCUAUUUAAGAGGAGGAGAAUUCUAAUUCAUUACAGAAGGCUGGCAGUCUUAAAUAGGUUCUCUUGCUCCCCAUUUAUUUCUUUUUCAUUAACUUCCCUACCCAGGGUCUGUCAAUAUGGAGCUGCCUUGUCAUUUUAUGUUAAGAAAUACUAGUUGAAGUCCAAUGCAAAUGGUACAAGAUCAGCUGCCUGAGUCUCUCCUGCAAACAGCGGUGCAAAGUCCUGCUUUCUCGCUUCCACGGGGGCUUCUCUGACCCCUGCGAUCUAACCUGGCAACGUAAUGAAGUCAGUCGUUUUAGAAGUGAGGCCCAGGGCUUGACAGGUUUUGAGUGACUAGAGUACGGAUGCCGGCGGCAAGAGCCUCUCCAUAUCUGCAGCAAUGAGGACACGCUCUCGUGCUCUGCCAUCGUGCUGCUACUGACACCUGAGGGAGGCACCUCAGUGGCUUAGAGGGGAGUUCAGUCUCUAUGGGGCCAGGCCUCUGAGCAGAGGGCCAGUCAGUGCUAAUGGCGGGUUUGCGCCAGGGGUACACAUCUGACAGGAGGUGGCCUGAGACCAGCAGUUCAUUUCAAACAAGCUACGGAACUGCCAUCCGAUAGAAACCAUUUUCCUUCACUGCAGGCCAGGAGGAAUUUGAACCCAUGAGCCAUGGCUGCUGUGAGGCAAAGCUCCAGUGCCACUAACAAUCGCUGGGGCCACUCUCUGCCACACCCUAAGUGUCUGUCGGCACUGGGCACCUACGAGAGGGCAGGUCUACCGCGUGGCUGAUCCUUAUCCUUGUAUUUGGCAUCGUAGGUCCUUGCUCCUCAGCCUCUACGAAACAAUGCUCCGGCUCCGGCUCCUGACGUGGGACGUGAAGGACACGCUGCUCCGGCUCCGGCACCCAAUAGGGGAGAAUUACUCUGCUCUGGCCCAGGUUCACGGAGUCCAGGUGCGGCCGGAGGCUCUCACUAAGUCUUUCCAUCAGGCUUACAAAGUCCAGAGCAAGCACUUCCCCAACUAUGGCCUGAGCAAGGGGCUCAGCUCCAAGCAGUGGUGGGCAGACGUGGUCAAACAGACCUUCAGACUCGCUGGCGUCCAUGAGGACAGGCUCCUCACCUCCAUUGCGGAAAGUCUCUAUCGGGAGUACUGCAGUGCCCAGACCUGGGAGCUGCUACCAGGUGCCAGGGAGACUCUGGGGCAGUGCCGCCAGCUGGGCAUCCGCAUGGCCGUAAUCUCCAACUUCGACAUGCGGCUGGAGAAGAUUCUGUCUCACUGCAACCUCAGGCAUCAUUUUGACUUUGUCUUGACCUCGGAGGAGGCUGGCUUCGCCAAGCCAGACCUGCGGAUUUUUCAGAGGGCUCUACACAUUUCUGGGGUCGCCCCCCAGCAGGCGGCUCAUGUGGGGGACAGUUAUGUGAAGGACUAUAGGGCAGCCCGAGAUGCGGGCAUGCACAGCUUCCUGCUCACAGCGGCGGGGUGUGCAAACAGGUGGGAGCGAGAGGUACCAAAGGAGCAUGUGCUGCCUUCGCUUACCCACCUGCUGUCUGUUAUCGGGAAGGGUUAAUGGCGAAUUCCCUCGCCUCCCCACAGGGACGACGUGGAUUCCAGGCAUUACAAAGAGGGAUGGGUUGUGCUGCAGGGGGAGGAGAGGGGAUUUGGUUCUCCACCUGGUGAAUCAGGUUCUAAAGAAUCUGCUAUAGAGAGGGGGCAAAGGAAAGCCCUCUGACCCCAGGGAGAUGUACUUGCUGGCAUCACCCACAACAGAACAUUUGUGAUCCAAUGCAAUAAACCACUACAGCUCCUUGGCACUUCUCUGCCCCUUUCCUCCAGAGCUCUCAGCACCGACCGGAGGGGGCUCAGUGCUGUUGUCAUUUCGGGGGGGGGGGGCUACAGGAAUGACGGCAAAGGUCACCCAGCACGUCGGCACAAGGACCAGAGUGUCAAGCGAGUGUCCUGUCCCUGGCAGCUCUGAGCCCAGCCGUGAACCCUCCGCGAGGAAGGGAAGAGCCUUUCUUCCAUGCUUCAAUGAGCAAAGCCGCCCUCUAAACACCCUAUACGCUGACCCACCACAGCCGCCCUCUAAACACCCUAUACGCUGACCCACCAUGCGGGCUGGUGGUGAGGAUCCCAUGGGAUUCCCCCUGGCCAUGGGGCAAAGACUGGGUCUGGGGGUGCUGACAACUGCUCCAAGUCAGAAACUGGCCAGCAGCCCAGGCUGAGCAGGUACUUGCUGCCAUGCCCCAGCCAAGUGCCAUGAAAGCCGCCUA